GUCAACGUUAUUACGGCGUCGGUAAUUCGAGGGCCAAUCAUCCGUGAAGUUGGGAACGAGGCAAUCGACAUCCUCGCGCCAAGGCAGAAAUACCGGGUGAAUCGCAGGGAUAUUGCACGUAGAGAGUAGAACAAAGUCAGUUGGCGACUUGGCACCAUGUCUUCAUGACAACUGGCAACAGGACUCAGACAAGAUACAGUCGGCCAAACACCGUUUUUCGUAUAUGUUACUUGCUUUGAGAUCAUGUUCAAAACUACAAACCGAAAGGACCAGCAACUGGACAGGAAAUCUGAAUGGGGAAAACAUCGAGCACUAGCCCUCCUCCUAACUGUGGCCGUGGUUGUUCUUGCACUGAUAGUCAAUAAGUCGCACCUGAUAAGGGAUGCAGUUUGGCUAACUCAUAUCGGCCAGCGCCCAUCGCCUAUAGGGUGGUACAGAAGGGGUGCUGUAGCUACAGAUAUAGGACUGUGCUCGGAGAUGGGACGGAACAUUCUUAUUACUGGCGGCUCGGCCGUGGAUGCCUCAAUAACAGCUUGCCUCUGCCUGGGCGUGGCCAGUCCUCAGAGCUCGGGGCUCGGUGGGGGUCUGUUCAUGGUCGUCCACAGUAAGAACGGCUCUACGGAGACCAUCAUUGCUACCGAAGCUGCACCGGCAGCGUCGCAUUUCGACAUGUUCGUGAAUGACACAGAUCAAGCCAAAUUCGGAGCUAGAGCCGUGUCUGUACCGGGUGAGCUGGCCGGAUUGUGGACGGCGCAUCAGAAGUAUGGCGUGCUGCCGUGGAGAGACCUCUUUGCACCGGUCAUCGACAUGGCCCAAAACGGCUACCCGAUCGCCUGGCACACUGCGCGCUGCUUAAAAAAUCUCAGGAAGAAUUUCGACCGUUGGCCGAUUCUAAGGGAACUGUACACGAAGCCUGACGGAUCUUUGAUGAAGACGGGUGAUAUCUUCACGCCUCCAGCUAGUCUAGUGCAGACGCUGCGUGCCAUCGCUGACGAAGGGAUGUCGGUUUUAUACGGUGGAGAAGUUGGCCGAAAACUUGUCCAUGAUAUCCAAGAACAAGGUGGUAUAAUGACAUUGGAAGAUUUGACUAGUUACAAUGUCACACUGCAAGCGCCUGUGGUGUUGAACAUGAGGGAAGGUCAUCAACGCGUGAUGUCGACGCCUAUUACAUCUUGUGGCAAUCACCUGCUGUUGGUCAUUAGCAUUCUGGACGAGUGUGACCUGGCUACCCUGGACUUCAGCUCAUACGAGGGCAAAUUGAAAUUGUAUCACUAUUUCAUUGAGGCUUGUACCUUUGUCACCGGUCUGCGACUACACAACGGAGAUUUUAGCAAGGCCGAAAAUGAUAAAAUUAUAGCUGCUAUAUCGUCCAAGGAGUACGCCCGGAGUAUCUGUUCCAUGAUCAACGACACCUACGUCACCUACCCAUCUGGCCAGGAUUACGACACGUUCAACGAUCUUCCUGGGACCGCUUCACCGAAUGGUAGAGUAAACAAAGCCACCCCGGGGCCAAACGUUAACCAAGCCGCUGACGGGGAAGCUUGGGACAAGAUGUUCAGUGGGGACGUCAUGGACGGUGACAGCAGCCACUUGAGCGUGUAUACCGAGCAGGGAGACGCUGUGUCUCUGACUACAUCAGUAGGAAAAUACUUUGGCGGCAGAAUGUUAUCCUACCAGACUGGACUCUUUCUCAACAACCACAUGAGCAACUUCUAUUACAACGGCCGGUCACCAAGGUGGGAAGCAAACAGGCUUGUCCCAGGCGCCCGUGCAAUGUCUACCGUGAGCCCUGCCAUCGUAGCUGAUGAGAACGGAGUUUUGGGGAUCUUGGGAUCGUCGGGUGGUUCGAGAAUUAUGUCUACCAAUGCAUGGCUUAUUCUUCGUUCACUGUGGGGUAACAAGUCGUCCCUUUCCGAGAUAAUUGAUUCUCCCAGAGUGUAUGCCUUCCGAAGUCCCUGGAAAAGCACGAUCUACUACGAAAAGGACUUCCCACAAAACCUCGUUGAAGGACUGAAAGCCAUGGGCCACAACAUGGAGUUAACCUCAUCCUUCUCGGCGGCCCAGGGAAUUCUCGUCGGGCCGGGGCAAGUUAUUCAAGCUCACUCGGACAGACGUAAACGGGGCUUCGCCGCCGGCUACUAGCCAGUUCCUCUAGCCUCGGGAAAAUGUCAAGAGCGUCUUCAGUUCGUGUUGAUUUCUCUGCAACUAUCAUUGCUUGGCAUGUUACAAAUAUAGGCCUAUGUGCUCUUUUCCACGUAUUGCGUUUGGCUUUGCAAAAUAGCGUUUAGUCAUGAUUCAACAGAUCUGAUACUAAUACGAUAAAGAUUCGAUUCGAUACGGCAAUAGUUUGAAUGGUUUUCAAAUGCUUUCAUCACUCUGUUUUUUUGAAAUUCUGGGUAAAGUUCAGAGGAAGGUUUAUUGAAAGGACAAUAAAUUCCUUACAUUGAAAAGGAUGUUGUAAUCAAGCGAG